CGAAAGAGUUGUUAGGUUAUAAAAAUGUACGCGAGUCGUAACCUUAAAUAAUCAAAAUUAAAGACAUACGAUAGGAAAAGUGAUUAAAUACGUCAGGGAAAUGAGGUGAUGAUUGAUUGAUGUGAUAAAUUGCUCAUGUCUUGCAGUGGGGAGUUGUGGACAUAAAUACACGCGUCAUGGCAAUGCCACCGAACAACUCCGGCCAGCCUUUUUAUUGGGGAACCGGGCAGCCCGCAGUUCAGAAUGUCGGUUACUAUCAAGUUCCUCCUCCCAAUUUUCCUCCACCAAAUUUAAGCCAGCCUCCUCCGUCGUACAAUAUGCCACCGCCAUCUAUUGGUGAAAAUAAGCUAGUCAAUGUCGUUCAACAACAACAAUUACCUGGCGGUAGGCCUCGAACUUAUUCAAGCUACACGUCGAACAGCACAUUCGUACACCAUCAAGCUUGCCCAAUUCCAAACCCUUCAAAUUCAAUGUACAACACUACGAAUUGCCAGCCGCCAAACUUCCGCCCAUCAACGUUAGGGGGGUAUGAUAAUUACGCAUGGAAUUUGAAAAAUCUAAACAAUGCUGAUACCGAGUGGAAUCAGAUGGACGCAGCAUCCGGGUGGAAGCCGUACCAAGGCAACCAUAAUGCUGGCUGUAAUAAACAAGGAUCAUCGCAGUCACAGUCGGAUGAAAAUGCCAAGAAUUUGUCCCCAUAUACUGGGCAGAAACCAUCGUCGAGAAGUUUGUGGAUAGGGCCUGGUGUUGCGCAACGUACAGCAUCGGACGUGCCGAGUCUGCGACAUGGAACGGAAAGGAGGAGGUCUCGAAGUUCUGAUAGUCAUUCCAUCACUGCUGGCAAUAGAGGCUACGAGAGAUCACGACACGAAGAUAACAAAGAAAAAUACGAGAGACGAGGAAGAGAAAAAUCAAAUACCAGAGGAAAUUACUACAAUGAGGAGAGCAACAGGCGGUCGAUGUAUAAAAAGAGGGAACCUAGUUCCAGAUGCAGCUCUCGAACUAGAAUGGAAUUGGGAAAAACUAGUUUCGAAAGUCGGAGUAGGAAAAGGUCAAGAUCUAGAGAUUCGCAUGUUUCCACCAAGUCGAAUGAGAUCAGCAAUCUUCCUAUGAAUCAAAGAUCGUUGAGCGAAAGAGAUCAGCUUUUAGAAAAAUACAGGCAAAAUUAUUGUGCAACAAGCAAAGAUAUGGAAAAAAAAUUGGAUGAGUUGUCUGCGAUGGGACCAGAAGGAAUAAUAGAACACGAGAGAAAGGUGUGGACCCGUACAGCACCAGCCGAUCUCUACUAUGCACGCAAUGAAUCGAAUCCAAAAAUUAUGAUAGGCACUCCAAAAUUGAUGGAAUUAUGUGAUAUUUUCAAGAAGUUAUUAGUUGAUAGGUCCAGCACAGCUAGAGCAUUGCAGCCACCAUACGAGCCACCACCAAGAAAAAACAGAGCCAGGUUGUGUAGGCACAAAACUGAAGCGUGCAGUAGUUCGUCAUCAGACAGCGACACUUCAAUGGAUGAAGAUGACCGAACUAUGGAAGAAUUAAUGGCAAAAAAACAGCAUCCACAACGUCUGCAUCCAGAAAUGUGGUUCAACGACCCUGGAGAGAUGAAUGACGGCCCUCUCUGUAGAUGCAGUGCCAAAUCGAGAAGAUCUGGUAUUCGGCAUGGUAUUUAUGCUGGCGAGGGUGUAAUUAAAAAGUGUGCAUUGGAUUCGAACAAUGCAGAUAAAUUAUACCAUUACCGUAUAACUAUCAGUCCACCGACAAAUUUUUUAACCAAGACUCCAACUAUCAUCAAACACGACGAACACGAAUUUAUAUUUGAAGGAUUUUCAAUGCUCUCUCAUUUCCCUCUUGUCAAAUUACCAACCUGUAAAGUUAUUCGCUUCAAUAUCGAAUACACAAUUCUUUACAUCAAUGAGAAAUUGCCAGAAAAUUUCACCAUCAGAGAACUGGAUUUAUUUCAGGAUUACCUGUUCCAGCAGAUAUUGGAAUUGGUAGACUUUGAUCUGCGUGCUGCUCAAGAUACAGCCGGUUGUGAUCAAUUUCACUUCAUGCCCAGAUUUGUUAGAGAUUUGCCAGACAACGGGCAGGAAAUAUUGUCCAUGAAUGAAGUUCUGAAUUAUUUGAUCAAAAGCAGUAAGCCAUUAAUUGACGCCGAAGAUUUGAGCAGGCUUGUCGAUAUGCCUCAAUAUAAGUGGCAGAAUUUCGCUGACGAAGUGAAAGGUAUGGUGGUGACUUAUCCCGGUAAAAAACCUUGCAGCGUCAGGGUUGAUCAAUUAGAUAGAAGUCAAGAUGAUCAACCUCCAGGUGUUAUUUCGUAUCCUGAAAUUGUUCAUUUCGGAAUCAGGCCACCACAGCUGAGCUAUGCUGGUAACGCGGACUACCAAAAAGCCUGGAGGGAUUACGUGAAAUUUCGACAUUUGCUGGCGAACAUGCCAAAGCCAUCAUUUGAAGACAAGAGAAAAUUGGAGGCCAAGGAAAAUAAGCUGCAAGAACUUAGAACGCAGAGUAAAAUGAAGAGGGACGUAACAGUAGACGUUAGUUCUGAAGGAUUUCAUCGUACAGGAAUUAUGUGCGACAUAGUACAACACGCAAUGCUGAUUCCUGUACUAGUGUGUCAUCUGAGAUUUCACAAAUCUUUGGAUAUCCUGGAAAAAACAAUUGGCUACAAAUUUAAAAAUAGAUAUUUGCUUCAAUUGGCCUUAACGCAUCCAAGUUAUAGAGAGAAUUUUGGUACAAAUCCGGAUCACGCGAGGAAUUCAUUAACGAAUUGUGGCAUAAGGCAACCAGAGUACGGUGACAGAAGAAUUCAUUACAUGAAUACGCGAAAGCGAGGAAUAAACACUUUGAUAAACAUAAUGUCAAGGUUUGGGGCUAGAAGAGAAACCGAAUCUUCUAUCGCGCACAACGAGAGAUUAGAAUUUCUUGGUGACGCAGUUGUUGAGUUUUUAACGUCCAUACAUCUGUUCCACAUGUUUCCUGACUUGGAAGAAGGAGGAUUAGCAACAUACAGAGCAGCCAUUGUUCAAAAUCAACACUUGGCUGUCUUAGCUAAAAAGUUGAAUUUGGAGCAGUAUAUGCUCUAUGCUCACGGCAGCGAUUUGUGCCAUGACUUGGAGCUUCGACACGCUAUGGCCAAUUGCUUUGAAGCUCUGAUGGGGUCUCUGUUUCUUGACGGAGGAAUAGAAGUAGCUGACAAAGUAUUUGCUGAGACAAUGUUCAUGGGAGAAUGUGAUCUCUCUAAAGUUUGGAUCAAUUAUCCCCGCCAUCCUCUGCAGGAGCAGGAACCGACCGGAGAUAGACAAUGGAUACCGAGCUUCGAGUUACUGCAAAAAUUAACCAAGUUUGAGGAAUCAAUUGGCAUUGAUUUUCAACAUAUUCGAUUACUCGCACGAGCAUUCACAGAUCGGAGCAUUGGGUAUACUAAUUUAACGCUAGGAUCUAAUCAACGUUUGGAAUUCCUAGGUGAUACUGUUCUGCAGCUCAUAGUUUCUGAAUAUUUGUACAAAUUUUUCCCCGAACAUCAUGAAGGACAUCUUUCACUUUUACGAAGUUCUUUGGUCAACAACAAAACCCAAGCAGUAGUUUGCGAUGAUUUGGGUAUGACUCAAUACGCCCUUUAUGGAAACCCUAAAGCGGAGCUGAAGACGAAAGAUAGAGCUGAUUUGCUGGAGGCUUUUCUGGGCGCAUUGUACGUUGACAAAGGUUUGGAGUUUUGCCACGUCUUUUGCGACGUGUGCUUUUUCCCUCGUCUUCAAGAUUUCAUAAUGAAUCAGGAUUGGAACGAUCCAAAAAGUAAACUGCAACAAUGUUGCCUAACUCUGAGGACUAUGGAUGGUGGAGAGCCAGAUAUACCUGUAUACAAAGUAAUCGAAUGCAAAGGUCCGACUAACACACGAAUUUACACAGUGGCCGUGUAUUUUCAAGGUAAACGAUUGGCCAAAGCUUCUGGCCACAGCAUUCAAGAAGCAGAGAUGAACUCCGCUAAAGAAGCACUUGAAAAAUCCCAAGACCUAUUCCCUCAAUUGGAUCAUCAAAAACGGGUUAUCGCAAAGAGUAUGAAAAAACAGCAGUGGCCCAACCGACAGAUGCUCUGGGCAAAGGCAAUUCGAUGCAAUGACAGAUCGGAUGAUUCAGAUUCAAGUUUAAAACAAAACAGACGAAGUCGAAGUAGGGAGCGUGAAAAUUCAGAUAAACGAUCAAGAGAUCGGUAUGAUAGUUCUGAUCGUAGGCAUAAGGAGUCACUGAAAUAUUUUGAUAAAUCUGAUGUCUGUAACAAUGAUCAAGAUCGUCGAACCAAGGAACGAUCUUUUAGCAAGAGUAACGAUUACAGAAGAAAUACUGAAUAUGAAAAAAGUAAUGAUGCUAGAAAUAAGGAAAAGAUUCAUAGCCUUUCAAUAGAAUCGAACCAUAGGUAUAAGGAAUAUGAUAGGUGUUCAAGUGUAGAUAAUCGAGGAAAUUGUCAAGCCAGUGGAUCGGGUUAUAGAGCCAGGGAUAAUUUCACAGAUGCCAAUGUUGAGGAUACAAUCGAAGGGCGUGGGAAAAGUUCAACUCCGUUACGUCGUGGAAAAGACGACGAUGGACAGAGCAGUUACAAGCAUAUGAAUCAAUCAGUAGGUACGAAUGAUAGAAUGUACGAGCCCGAUAAAACGGAGUGGAGAAACGAAGCGCCAGCUAUGAAAGGUGAUAAUCGAAAUAGAGGAAGGUAUGAAAGACAGGAUGAUGCAGAGAGAAAGCGGAAUACCUGCGCGAAAAAUUUCGUUUAUAACGAUAUAAAUGUUCAGAGGCAGAGUAACUUUGAGCGUGAGAGUAAAAAAAGAAACGUAGAAAGUAAUUACGAAAGUAAAACGAACAGGAGAAUCCGAGAUUAUGAUUCUAGACGUAGGCAACGUUUUUACGAAAAUGAUAGAAAAAGAAAACGAUCUUUCGACGAUUGCAGAAGUAGCAGCGAGGAAGGAAGCGUACCGGAACAGUACAAAAGUAGUAAUUUCUCGCAUCGGAUUAAAAAGAAGUCCAUGUAACGUGGAGGAUGCUAAUAUGAUCAGUAGGAGAAAAAUUUGAUGAAUGUAAUUUUCAAUGUGAUAAAAGAGGCACUAUGAUUGGAAAAGCCUUCAAUUCAAGUAACAGAUGAAGAGUUCUUUUACAUUGUAGAGUCGACCAUGGUGAAUGAUUGCAAGUGAUAACUGAAUUGACCAAUUAUGUUUCACUCACUGGUUACAUAUGGUACUAUUGUAUAUAUAUGUAAAUUUUAAAAGACAGGUAGAAUGUAAUGAUUUUUUGAGACGCUAAUUUAAGAUAUUUAUAUAAUUCCCGGAUAUUUUAUUUAAAAGAUGUUGUAGUCUACAAUCCAUCUUAUUGUUAUCUGAAAUAUGUAAUUUUUGUGCCUAUAGUUGAACUACUGUAAAUAAAUUUACAUCAUGCUGCUA